AUGGCGGUCCAUGAAGACCCAUCUGGUGCUACUGGAGAGCCCGCACCCUCGAUUGAAGGAUCACCCUCCCAAUUACUUGAAGGCUCAGACCACCAUCAAUUGGAAAAUGGGGCCACGAAUGAAGCCGAUGACUCAGCUAGAGCUGUUCCGGACGUGACUGGGGAGAAUAAUGAGAAGUGCUACGAGUAUGACGGGUGCGACGAGUGCGAAAGAGUCGAAGGCGUUAUCAAAGGGCGCAUUUAUGUGGCACAUUACGGAGAUAAACCAUUUAUCGUGCCCUUUGCGAUGUGUCAAACGUGGAAGGAGAUGGAAGAUAGAAUUGUUCUUUCUUUUGGAGACAACGAGCAAGGGAAGAAAGAAUUCUUGGAGGGUAAAUUCGGCCUUUACGAAGCCGAAGGCACCCAGGGCAUAGGACCUGUUAUCUUAAAAGAGCACUGGGAAAUGCUAGCUGUUCCAUAUCUGAGCGUCGUUGUGAAACUCGAUUCACAGAAGAUUGAACCCAAAGAAGAGACUUCUGAUUCCGAAACAGAGAGCUCCGAAUUGGAAGAGGAAUAUGAUCCGGAGGAGUGUGAGUAUUUCGAUCAGGUUAGGUACACAGUUGACUACUAUCGAAAAGCCAAAUAUUCCUUCGAUGAGGAUGAGCUCUUGUGGAGCGUUAGUUUCAAUCAGUCUUUGGCUUUGCAGCAGUCAGGUAUGCAUGGAGCUAAAGUCGUACCUGUUCUUGAAGAGAAAAGAAUUGUCCUUGGCAGCCCCAAUGCAAAAGGGCUGGAAGAGCCAGCCCCGGACCAAGUACCAAGGCUGAAGGUGACCGAUGAGGCUUCAGAGCCGACCUUGCAUAUUAAUUCUCCGUUUCUACUGAAUUGUCUGAGAGCAGUCAUCAGAUACACUUCUAACGCUCCAUCGGGGGACAAACUGGAUGAAUUGAAGACUGGAAUAUUCUACUAUCCUUACCAAGAUCUCUUUCAUCACAAAAGUCGACUUCUAUCGUAUAAGGAAGAGACGGGCGGUCAUCGUUCGCGUCACAGCACAGAAUACAACAAAGCUUGUGAUUGUCACAUUGAUGUUUUGGUUGAUUACCUGAACAAACACCCAGAGAUAGAGCCUCUUGCUGCAGAGCACAACUGGACGAAGAAAGUGCCAGUGACAACUUUCUCUAGCUUGUGGCUUUUGCUUCAACCAGGAGAAGACGUUUAUGUUGGAGAAGACGGCCAACUAAACGCAUACGUGGUCCAUUCAGUGUCUGGAGGCACCCUCCAACGCGCCUUGAAUUCUGGACGCACAUUGGCCACUGCAAAGGAGUACACAAUACUUGUGUGGAACAUCGUGUAUGAUGGGGACGUGAUUCGUCGAAAACUGAAAUCAAUUACCGUGCCGGUUUUUAACGGAGAGAAAGCAAUCAAGUCACUUCCGAUAUUCCCCACCAGGUUUCAGGAUGAAAUCGAUGAUGGAGCGCGGCGCAAAGGUUUGAUUCAACGGGGCCGGAAAAUGUUUGAAUACUCUAAGCAGCCCGCCUUUUUGGAAUACACUGGUGUGGGAAUGAAAGAAGGUUCGAAGAAACACCACCGAUCUCGUGUGGUGGUCGACCAUAAAUCACAGCCAUGGCUGGAUUCAGAUUUUGACUUACUGUACUCAUGGAAUUUGAGCAGCAGCGACGAAGACCUUAUGGAUCGGAGUCGGGCGGCAUUCUGUGAAUGUGGUCCAUGCGCUGAUUUCGAUGCCGCCAAUGGGGUUUACGUACUCCCAACCUUCAAGGAUUAUGAUGAUAUCAAUCCAAAUGCACCUGGUGAGGUUUCCGAUCGCCAUUAUCUUCUAUGCAUGUCACAUAUGUAUGGAUUUGUUCUCAAAGAUCGCGUGUAUGACUUGCUGGACGUAAGCGGGCUGUCAAAUCCUGUUUUAUCCAAAAAUGCGAUUGAAAAUCUCGUGAUGCGGCCAGAGUCAAACAAAGAUACAAUCAAAGCGAUUGUUCAAACCUACGGCGGGAGUACUGGGCAGUCUAAACAGUUCCAUGCGGACUUUAUCCAUGGCAAAGGGGAAGGGCAAAUCUUUCUUCUGCAUGGGCCACCAGGGACUGGAAAGACUUUAACUGCUGAAUCUGUGGCUGAAUUUACCAAGCGACCACUGCUUAGCAUCACAGCGGCAGAUCUCGGCCACGAUCCAAUUGACUUAGAGAGAAAUCUUCUCAGAUUCUUCAAGGAUGCGAAAAACUGGGACGCUAUUGUGCUCCUAGAUGAAGCUGAUGUCUACCUGGAACGGCGAUCCUCAAGUGAUCUACGGCGAAAUAGCAUUGUCUCUAUAUUCCUGCGGGCUUUGGAGUAUUUUGAGGGAAUCUUGUUUUUGACUACCAAUCGCGUGGGACAUUUUGACGAGGCCUUCCUGUCUCGCAUACAUGUAUCAAUUGGAUACGAGCCCCUGAAUGACGAGGCUAGAGGAUAUAUCUGGGACAACCUAUUGACAAAGCUGAAGGAAGAGUAUCGCAAUGGUGGUCGAAAGAUCCAAUACGAUUAUGACGUGAAGCAGUACGUCAAAAAGGAUGAGACCCUCAAGAAACUAAAAUGGAAUGGUCGGGAGAUCCGGAAUGCUUUCCAAACUGCCGUCGCCUUGGCAAUUUACGAUGCCGAAAAGGUAGACAGAAAUGGUGGAUCUGACGAGGAAUCCAUUCCAGAGCUCAAAGAAAAGCACCUGAUGCAGGUCGUUAGCAUGUCGAUGGCCUUCAAACAGUACAUCACAGCAACACAUGGGGAUAUCGGUGACUCGGAUUACGCGUACCAGUUGGGACAUCGGAAUGAUAAAUUUCAUAUGCAGUCAAUAAGCGAUAGUAGUUAG